GUACCUGUACUGAUUACUCUACUGUAUUGAUAACGACUGUGAUUAGGAAUCUGAAUAAUCACAAUUUUUUCCAGGAGCAAUGUUCAUUUAUCGUAAGGGUCUUUUCAAUUUAAGCCGAGUGAAAAUGGCAGUGCAUCUGUUCUACAAUUUAAUCGCCAUUCUUUUAGUGAUAACUCCUGCUUAUUCAGAAUUCGUAGAUGCAGAAAGUCUCGACACAUAUGACAUCGAAGGCAAAGUAUUUCCCCCAAUUGGAUAUUCCAUGGAUAUUAGUAAUUGGCAAGCAGAUACCAAAGUUAUGGUCAAAGAAGGCAGUUACAUGGGAUUCUUAAAGGAAGAUGGCUCUUUUGUUGUCAGCAACUUACCAUCAGGGUCAUAUGUGCUGGAGGUCAUAAAUCCAAAUUUUGUGUAUGAACCUGUUCGUGUUGAGAUAAAUUCAAAAGGCAAAAUCCGGGCUCGGAAAGUAAAUUAUGUACAAACAUCCUUGGUUAAUCAGCUACCUUAUCCUUUGAAAUUGAAGCCUUUAGGUCAGCACCGAUAUUUCAAAAUCAGAGAACAGUGGCGGCUUACAGACUUCCUUUUUAAUCCAAUGGUCUUGAUGAUGGUAUCACCUUUACUUCUUAUCAUGAUCCUCCCGCGAAUGCUCAACGAUCCAGAAACUGCCAAAGAAAUGGAGCAGUUCAACAAUCUCACUAACUACGAUAUGCCGGAGCUGUCAGAGGCAAUCACAUCAUUUUUGCGUGGCAAGACUGAUAAGCAGAAGCCGAAAGCUAUCAAAUCUGCAAAGAAAGGAAAGCCAGAAAAUAGCAAACAGAGCUAAUAAUCAAGGGGACACUCUGAACAUUUCCAGCCAGUAAGUAAUGAGACAGUCUGACUUCUUUUGAUCAGCCCCUAUCACAACUUCGUGCAGCUCAAAUGCAUUUCUGAAAAGCUAAUCUUAUACAAGUGAAGUCAACUUUUAGAUCAACCCUUGUUCAAGGCCAUAAAAGUUACCUUUAAAUACAAAUUGACCGUAAAUUUUUAGAAGGAAGAUGAGUCAAUUUGAAGUAGCUAAAAAGUUUUGCAGCUACAGGUCACUAAACAAGACCAAGGUUACUUUCAUUCAAAAUUCUCAUUGUUUUUUUUAUCUUCAAGUUUUGACAAAUUAGUGCCUCUUUAAGAGCCCACGUCUGUCCAAAUCAAUAAAUUUUUGUAUCUUUUUUCGAGCUCUUGUCUACUGUCUCCAGAAAUUUUAAGUGCCGAAAAUUCCUGGCCACCACAGUCCUUGAUUAUGAGGACAGAAAAGGAGUGUAUUGAGUUGCCAAUAGACAUUAUAAUUAUUCAAUGUUUCAUCCUGUUAAAAGAAAAUGAGUUCAUAUCAUCGUUAAUGUGCGUCCAUUCUUUCAUCUCAAACCAUCACCUUCUAUUAAGAAAAUCUGGAGCGCCAUUUGUGUUCAAAUGCUUCGUUGCCAAACUUAUCAAUUUUGUAAAAAAAUGUAAUGAACAGAAUCACUUGAAAAUUUUACCUCAAUACUUCUUGAUUUAUCAAGACUAUUUCCUGAAUUCUAUUUCAUGAGAGUAUGAACAAAAGUUUUAAAGAAAACAUUAAAACAAUAUUGAAUUAUUAAGAUAUCUGGCCACAUAGCAUCGAAGCAUAACUAGCAUUUCUGAUACUCUGCCCGGAAAGGGGCAAAUUCAACUCUCCCUCAUGUUAUGGCAUUAUUACAUCUUGCCUGUCCUUUUCCAUUGUCUAUUGAGAAGAGCUGAGGUCGAGCACUUCAAAUUUAUUUUUUUCUCUCGCUAGGUCAGCUCCUCUGAAUAAAUGUAUAAUGCGUUUUACAUGACUCUGUGUUAAGCGUGAUCAUUCAUUAUGUGGCACUAUUUAUUCUCAAUCAGCUAAUUUCAACGAAAAGCUGUAAAUAUUUAAUUUGAUCAUGAUAUUUAGUGGGUACACAUAAUCACAUUUUUUUUGGAAUUAAAGACGUUGAACCAAAUAAUUUGUUACCAAUAAUGGCUGAGGUAAUACUGUUAUUUUUUCACAACCAGAGCCAGGAGGUUCAUGUAGAAUGGGCACUCCGCCACGUAAAAAUCAGGCAUGGACAUAAUGGGAAUAAUUCUCUGGUGAGCCUGGCCUGGGGCCUGCGAUUUUGCAUCAGAAUCAGACUCUGCAAUUCUCUGUGUGCGUAGAACAUCCCUUUAAUUACUGUGUCUAGUCUGUAAGUACAGAUUUUAAUAAAGGCAUGCUCAGAAGUGAUUGGUUCUAACUUGUAUGUUGUACGCAAAAAUGAACAGUUUCAAGUUUAGCUGAUUGAUAGGUGUUUUUCAUUUUUUGCCAGUGGGACCUUGAAAUUUUCCAAAAAUAGUCUGGAAAUGUCCCCUGAUUAUCUUCUGUAGUGUAGGGUAUGACUUUUGUCCAUUUUCCCCCAACCAUCAGUGGUGGUGUAGCAGCUUAGUGCAGCUGAUAAAAGUAAUAAAAAAGUAUAUCAGCUCAAUUAUCUAUUGCAGUAGUCUCGAUUGAUCAUGCCUUGUGGUGCUUUAAUUAUCUGGUUGUCCACCACGAAUCGAGUCAACUGAAAAGAGUAUUACUAUGUCUAUUGUGUAUUAUGUCUGGUAUGUGUCAUUUUCAAACAUAAUGCCAGACAUAAUUUUUGGUUGUUAGUGCAAGGAUUGUGAAGUUCUUUAAGUGAACGAAACUUCGAAAAGCUUGAUUUUUUUCAUCUUUAUCAAUCUUGGGUCAUAAUGUCCCUUAAUUUUGACCCUUCAACUUCAGUCUAUAAUGACCUUCAGAAAAAUAACCUGAAGAAAAUCAAAUACUGGUAUUCAAUCAGAAUACUGAGUCUUGUCAUUAAGACUCUCAAAUAGUCAUUUUAUUCAUCAACAGUGCAAAAAAUACCUAAUUUGUAGUUUGUGGCAAACUUGAGGUAAAUCUUUGCUUGCAAGGCAGUUUUCGAAAGUGAUGACUUUUCUUUUUUGCUCCAUAAUAUUUGAUAGUGGGAUGGAUUGCGCAUUUUGCCUUGAAAUCAGGCAUUUCAUUUAACCAUUAAAGCAGACACUGUUCCAUGAGGCUAGUCAGAAAUUUGGAUUUUGCUAACCAAAUGGAAAACAAAAAACAAGCUGUUUUCUAUUUGGUUAUCAUAAAAAGUAUUAUGCAUGAAUAGGUAUCUACUGUAAAUAUUUUUAAAUUCUAGGAAUCAAUUAUUAUUUUUUGUUCCUGCAUAAGCUAAUUUUGUUAUUCAUAAGUAAGUCCAAUUGGUUGAUAAUGUUGAAAUGCUGUGUUUUUUAUUUAGGAUUUCAUCUUGUUUACUUUUUAUAGCUUGUAAGUUUCUCAAAUCUGCAAGGUAUCAAAAGAAAUAAUAAAGUGUGUUUUUUUUUUUAAA